GUCCUCAACCGUCACCUCAACUUGCUGUUGGGCGAAUUGCUGAAUCCCGCCGCCAUUUGCGCUCUAUGUCAAACUUCUCCAACACAACAUUUGCGAAACGCCUUAAGUUAUCGCGCUCGGACGCCUCCGAACGCGCGCCGCUAGGGAACUCGACCGCUUCAGCCACUAACACCCCGAAGAAAGACAGCUUUUCUACCCCGGCCCUCGAGCCAGCAUUCCAACCGGAGACACCCAAGACCCCAGGUCCGAGCACGUCCAAGGACUAUGGCGACCGAUUCAUCUCAUCCCGCGAGGCGGACGACUUCGGGCUAUUCUACAACCUCAUGGAGGACGAGGAGAACAGGAAGCCGAAACCGAAGUUGAAGAAGCGCCACAGCUUUAUCCCAGCGGACUCGGACGCCAGGAAAGAACAAGCCCGAUCGAUAUUUGACUCCGUGUUGCACACGGAGGCGCUCGCCGAACUAUCCCCAUCGACCUCAAGUCCGAAGAGCUACUCCCCCGCGACGGCAAGACGGCGGACGAAUCUGCUCGCGUACGCCACACCCUCACGGGACUCCGUGCAUAGACGACCGGAAGGGGAGAACGCGCUUGAUGUCCCAGAUUCGUACUUUGCCUCCCCGAUCGGCGCCGCCACGCAUGCCAUCCUGCAAGCCCCCCAUCCCAACGUCCGCCAGAUCAGCAAGGCGCCGUACCGCGUACUCAGCGCACCCGAUCUGGAGGACGAUUUCUACUUGAACCUCCUCGACUGGAGCGCGCGAAAUAUAAUCGCCGUGGCGCUCGGCAGCACGGUCUACGUAUGCAGCGGCAACUCGUUCGAGGCGAAGCGCGUCUUCGACGCCCAUACGCACAAGCCGCACGACUUGGUGACCAGCCUGCGCUGGGAUCAACGUGGCACGACGCUAAGCGUCGGAACCGAGUCCGGGCGGCUGUACCUCUUCGACGCUGUGAAGCUCACCAUGAUACGCAUGUACACGGGCGCGCACGAAUACAAGAUUGGCUGCCUUGCAUGGAAUGGGGACCUGCUGUCGUCUGGCUCGCGCGAUCGUCAGAUUCAUCAUCGGGACGUGCGUCAGGACAAUCGGGGACCCGUACACAUCUCGACCGGUCACAAGCAAGAGGUUUGCGGUAUUCAGUGGAGCAACGGGGCGUCGACGUCGGCUGAUUUAGCCUUGGGCAACCUCGGUGGCGUUGACGGCUUGCUGGCCAGUGGAGGGAAUGACAAUAAGGUCAUCAUCUGGGAUCUGCGAGGGUCUCAGCGUCCACGGACUCGGGUUCGCUCGAUAGGUGACAACGAUGUCACUAUCGGAAACGUGGCGAGGGGCAUCGUUGACAGGAGCUUGGAAGAUCUGACUACUUUUGGUUCCAGCACGUCGAGCAUCAGUGACGCCGCUUCCUCGGACUACCUCUUCAAGUUCCACUCACACACCGCAGCGGUGAAGGCUCUUGCCUGGGACCCCCACGAGCGCGGUAUUCUCGCCUCAGGCGGCGGCUCGAAUGACCAGAGCAUCCGGUGGUGGAAUUGCACCACGGGCGAUCUCCUUCAGACCGUCGACACCGGCUGUCAAGUCUGCGGCCUCGUCUACUCGCCUACGACGCGGGAAAUCGUGUCUACGCAUCGCUGCGCGUACCGCGGAGGCCCGAACCCGAUCUGCGUGUGGAAGUACCCGAGCUUGGAGAUGAUCGCGAAUUUGCCCGGGCAUAUCGAACGACCGCUUUACUUGUCGAUGUCCCCGGACGGACAGUCGAUUGUGACGGGCGCGGGAGGGCGGGACCAGACGUUGCGGUUCUGGCUGGUCUUCCCGCGAACGUCCGGCGAGAAGCGCAAGCUCGAGGACGAGAGUCGGCUGGACUACGCCCGACAGCUGCGCUGACCUGCGCGUCGAGCGGCCCCCCUGGUGCGGACGCUCCCUCGCGCGCUUGCUUGCAUAUAAGUAUGAUACUAUGUUCACACCGUAACUAAUUGUUUCGUCACAUUGUUGCGUAUAAUGGCACACUUAGUACACUCCGCAUUGUCUCUCGUUUGGUUCGAGACACCAUCAGCAUACAUACACACAAUAUACACUGCAUUGUUUAAGACUUACGCGCGAUACCAUUGCCUACCUACACUCAGGAUCCCGCCAGGAAGCUGAAAUUAAAGGUGUCAAAAGUCA